AUGUCUACAGCAGAUUUGAUGGAGAACCUCAGGGAAGAACUUACCUGUUUCAUCUGCUUGGACUAUUUCAGCAGCCCAGUGACCACCGAGUGUGGGCACAGCUUUUGUCUCAUGUGUCUCCUCAAGAGCUGGGAGGAACAUAACAAACCCUUGUCUUGCCCCGAGUGCUGGAGGACCUUGGAUGGCCCACACUUUCAGCCCAAUGAGCGUCUGGGGAGGCUGGCUGGCAUCGGCAGGCAGCUCCGGUCACACGUGCUCCAGGGCGAGGAGGAACAGGCUCUCUGUGGGAGGAUGCCAGCUGCCACCAAGUCCUUCUCUGAUGAGGAGCAGGGUGGGACUAGCUUCUCAGCCCAGAGUCACAGCAACAGAGCCCAUCUCUCCAGCGAGGCUGAGGAGCACCACAAGGAGAAACUCCAGGGGAUCCUAAAUCUUCUGCGUAAAAAAAGAAAGGAAGCUCAGACUAUAUUAACCCAUGAGAGGGAGAGAGUGAUACUGUGUAAGGAAGAGACAAAGACUUACAGACAGGUGGUUGUGUCAGAGUACAUGAAAAUGCACCAGUUCCUGAAGGAAGAGGAGCAGCUGCACCUCCAGCUGCUGGAGAAGGAGGAGAAGGAGAACAUGAGGAAGCUGAGGAGCAGCGAGAUUCAGCUGACCCAGCAGGUCAGGAGCCUGAGCAAGAUGAUCGCGCAGAUCGAGAACACCUGUCAGAACUCCAUUUUAGAAUCUCUGGAGGAGGUGAGAGCUGAGCUGGAAAGGAAUGAGCCCCUCCUGUUUCAAUGCCCAGAGGCCACCACCACCGAGCUGAGUUUGUGCCGAGUCACUGGAAUGAGGGAGAUGCUAAGGAAAUUCAGCACGGAGAUAACCCUGGAUCCAGCCACAGCCAAUGCCUACCUAGUCUUGUCUGAGGAUCUGAAAAGCGUGAAACACGGUGGAAUCAGACAGCAGUUACCAGAUAACCCCGAAAGAUUUGACCAGUCUGCCACAGUGCUGGGCACUCAGAUUUUCACCUGUGGGAGGCACUACUGGGAGGUGGAUGUGGGCAACAAGACGGAGUGGGAAGUGGGUAUUUGCAAGGACUCGGUAAGCAGGAAGGGGAAUCUCCCAAAGCCCCCAGGUGACCUCUUCUCACUCAUAGGCUUAAAGAUUGGAGACGAUUAUAGUCUGUGGGUAUCAUCGCCUUUAAGAGGCCAACAUGUCAGAGAGGCCGUGCGUAAGGUUGGUGUGUUUUUAGACUAUGAGUCUGGACAUAUCGCCUUCUACAAUGCCACUGAAAAGUCCCUCAUCUACAGCUUCCCUCCAGUCUCUUUCCAGGAGGCUCUCAGACCUAUCUUUUCCCCUUGCCUUCCAAACGAAGGCACAAACAUUGAUCCUCUAACCAUCUGCUCAUUGAAGAGCCACAUCUGA